AUGGGCGAUUUGCAGGAAGAUGUGAAGUUUAUAGUGGAUGAGACCUUGGACUUUGGAGGGCUAUCACCAUCGGACAGUCGUGAGGAGGAAGACAUACCGGUGUUGGCGACUCCAGAGAAACCCGUUCGCCGGGGCCUCUCCCACCGGGGCGACCUGAAUGCAGGGGCCCCCACCCCCCAGGGUGUGAGGUUCAGCUUAGGCCGCCUCAGCCCCGCGAAGAUGGAGGAGGUCCUGGACGAGGCCAACAGGCUGGCGGCCCAGCUGGAGCAGUGCGCCCUGCGGGAGCGCGAGAGGGCGGGCGAGAGCCCGGGGCCGCGCAGGGUGAAGCCCAGCCCUCGGAGGGAGACCUUCGUGCUGAAGGACAGUCCUGUCCGAGACCUGCUGCCCACUGUGGGCUCUUCCGCUCAGAGCACCCCCUCUCCAAGCAGCCUGACUCCUCGACUCCGGAGCAGCGACAGGAAGGGGUCUGUCAGGGCUCUUCGGGCAACAUCUGGGAAGAAGCCCCCCAGCGGGAAGAGGGAGUCGCCCACUUGCAAUCUGUUCCCUACAUCCAAAAGCCCAGCAUCCUCUCCUCUUGCCCGAUCAACUCCUCCAACCCGAUCGACUCCUCCAACCCGAUCGACUCCUCCAACCCGAUUGACACCUCCAACCCGAUCGAUACCUCCAACCCGAUCGACUCCUCCAACCCGAUCGACGCCUCCAACCCGGGGGAAAGCUGGGCCCAGUGGGAGAGCAACUGCAAGCCCCCCUGUUCCCGCCAGACCUGUCUUGGCCCCACAACCUCCUACCAGCAACUGUCAGCGCCUGUCUCGGCCACAGGGAGCAGCUGCUAAACCUUCCAGCCGACUGCCUGUCCCCUCAGCCAUCCCCAAGCCUGUCAGCCGAGUGCCGCUCAGCAGCCGGAGUGUCCCCCCUGGCAGAGGUGCCCUAGCUUCAGAUUCAACAUCAACUCGGAAAGGACUUCCAAGACCUGGUGCUGCCGGGCACAGAGGUCCUGUUGCCCAGCGACCGCAUCCUCCUGGUGCCACGCGCAGCCAUCUGCAGCCCCCCAGGAAAGCGGCAGCCCCAGGACCUACCAGGUAA